CGGGGACGGCAUAGCCGCUGCUCCCGCCGGGCCCAGUGCUUCCUGCGCCGCUCUCAGCCCCGCUCAGACCGGCCAUGGCGCGGCCCGAGGCUAGUUAUGAGGCGGCGGUGCCGCCCCGCCCCGCCUGCACCUACACCAGCUGCUACUGCGAAGAAAAUGUUUGGAAGCUUUGUGACUACAUCAGGAAUCAGGAUCGGUACCCUUUAGAAGAAUUUUAUGCUGUUUUCAUAUCCAAUGAUAAGAGGAUGAUUCCACUCUGGAAGCAGAAAUCUGGACAUGGAGAUGAGCCUGUUGUGUGGGACUAUCAUGUUAUUCUACUUCAUCUUUCCAGUGGGGAGGAGAACUUCAUUUAUGAUCUUGACACAGUGUUGCCAUUUCCCUGUCCUUUUGAUGUGUACAGUGUGGAGGCCUUCAGGUUGGAUGACAGCCUUCGUCCAGAGUUUCACAGGAAAAUCAGAAUGAUUCGAGCAGAUUUGUACUUGAAGACAUUUGCUUCAGACAGAUCUCACAUGAAGGAUGCAAAUGGGAAAUGGCAGAAACCUCCUCCUCCAUACCCUUGCAUUGAAACUGCAGAUUCCAAGAUGAACUUGGAUGAUUUCAUCAGUAUGAAUCCCGAAGUGGGAUGGGGCUCAGUGUUCUCCCUUUCAGACUUUGUGCAUCGAUUUGGCAGUCAGACUGAUUACAGCUAUUCCUUGGAAGGACAGUAAAGUGAACAAAGUUCCUCUGGUUCUGAGUGGAUGUGUUUUGUUUUGCUGCUCUUACAUUGUAUUUAUGGUUUACAUUUCUGUACAUGCAAUAGAUAUUUGGAAAAAUAGAACACCCAGACAGAAAUAUAAUGAACUGAAUAAAAACCUUUAUUUUAAUUA